AAAUAGGAAGAGGGGAAGAAAAAGACAAUCGGCGCCUGUGCCCUCGCUGUCGCUGAUAAAACAGCUACUACCUUGCUUUUAACCUUCAUCCUCGUUGAACCCCUCUCUCUCUCUCUCUCUCUCUCACUCUCUCUCUCUCUCUCUCAAAACACACUGUAUCCCUCUGCCAUAGAAUAGGCGGUGCCUUCCGUAUAUAUUUUUUCCGAUCGGAAGAGCUCCGUUUAGAAUUUUCAAUUCCGUUAAAUUUUGUUACGUUUUGAGCUUUUGUAGAGCUUCGAUUUGUCAAAAUUAUGCGAGAGAUGGCGAUUCUCGAUCAGUCUCAUGACUUUUCUGACAGUAAGGAUAAGAAGCAUAAGCGUCGAUUUAACCGAAAAUCAAAGCAGAUCUCUCCUCUUCCCGAUGAAGAGCCAGUUCAACAAGAAGCGGGGCAGCUUUUAAGAUCAUGUCGUGAGCCAAUAGCUUGUGAGAUAUCAAUGGCUGAUUCAAAUGCAAGGAGUGGUUAUCAUUUGUCUCGACAAAGUCAGAAACGGAGAAAUUAUUAUACCACAUACUGGUCCAAGGAAGCUGUUACCGCAGCAUUGGAGAGAGGUGAUGUUUUUAGGGCAUUAUUUCGUGUCAAUGCUCACAACCGCCUUGAGGCAUACUGCAAGAUUGAAGGAGUUCCAAUAGAUAUCCUUAUUAGUGGAAGUGAUGCACAAAAUCGAGCUGUGGAAGGGGAUAUUGUCGUUAUAGAAAUAGAUCCCUUAUCUUUAUGGACCAAGAUGAAGGGGUCAUCGGGGGCGUCCUUCAAUGCUUCUGUGAGUAAUGAUUGUAAUUCGGCUGGAGCCAGUAUUAAUUGUAAAGGGAAAGGUGACGUGGAUGUUGAUUUUCACGAAGAGAGGAAUACUUACCAUUUGGAAAAUGGUAGUCAAGAAUCAGUUGCCCUAGCAGGCAAUGGUUUGGUCAAUGGGAACAUUAGCUGUUCUAAUGAGCACCAUGGUGAGGUAAAUGCAGUGCAAAAGUUGUGUGCAUUGACAAUGGCAUUUCCAUCGAAACGCCCGACAGGAAAAGUUGUUGCUAUUAUUGAAAAGUCACGUCGUCGGAAUGGUAUUGUUGGUUUUCUUGAUUUAAAGCAGUGGGUUUCUCAGAGAAAAGAUUUUUCGGAAAAGGCAGAGGCUAUAAAACUUUCAUCGUUAUUUUCUUCUAUGAAGUAUAUACCAUUUGCUCCAAACGAUUCAAAGUUUCCAAAACUGAUGGUUCCUAUGACAAGUCUACCUGACUGUAUCAAGAGAAGACUCGAGGUUGGCGAUGCAAAAGUUGGCACAGAACUUGUUGCGGCACAAAUUGUUAAUUGGGGGGAAGAAGAUAAUGCUCCAGAAGCUCAUGUAAUUCGAGUUUUUGGAUGUGGCGGAGAUGCAGAGCCAUGUAUUUCAGCAAUUUUAUUUCAAAAUGCAAUCAAUUCUAGUGAAUUUUCUUCAGAGACACUCUCAUGCCUUCCAAGUGUUAAUUGGGUGAUACCAUUAGAAGAAUAUCAAAGUAGGCGGGAUAUAAGAAAUUUCUGCAUUUUUACAAUUGACCCUGCAUCAACAACUGAUGUUGACGAUGCACUUUCUAUUAAUUGGUUAUCCAGUGGCAUCUGCAGGGUUGGUGUCCACAUUGCUGAUGCUUCAUACUUUGUUCUUCCAGAAACAGCCUUAGAUGCAGAAGCUGAAUUUCGUUCAACAAGCGUCUACUUGUUAAGACGCAAGUUGCCAAUGUUGCCAUCAUUGCUUUCAGAGAAUUUGGGUUCACUUAAUCCUGGAGUAGAAAGACUUGCAUUUUCUAUUUUUUGGGAUAUUAAUCCAACUGGGGAGGUUCUUGAUCGCUGGAUUGGCCGUACAAUAAUGCAGUCUUGUUGCAAGCUCUCAUAUGAGCAUGCUCAGGACAUUAUCGAUGGUAAGUUCGAUGUUGAGACUUCAGCUACAUCAAUAAGUGGUUUGCCCCAAAUGCAUGGCCACUUUCAGUGGUCCAAUGUAGUUAAAUCUGUUAAGAGUCUUUAUGCUGUAUCCAAAAUUUUAAAGGAGAACAGGUAUAAUGAUGGUGCUCUCUCAUUGGCCAAUCCCAAACUGGAUUUUUUAUUCAAUGAGGAUGGGAGCCCUUCUAAUUUUGUAUUCCAAGGAUCAAUGGAGUCAAAAUCUCUUGUUGAGGAGUUUAUGCUUUUGGCCAACAGGACAGCUGCAGAAGUAAUAUCUAGGGCAUACCCUUCUACUGCUUUGUUGCGAAGGCAUCCUGAACCUGAUUUGCGGAAGCUUAGAGAGUUUGAAGCCUUCUGCUGCAAACAUGGUUUGAAUUUGGAUACUUCUUCUUCUGGCAGACUUCAUCUCUCAUUGGAGCGUAUUAGGCAAGAGCUCAAAGACGAUUCUGUGUUAUUUAAUAUAAUUUUGUCAUAUGCGACAAAAUCAAUGCAGAUGGCUACGUACUUUUGCAGUGGAAAUUCAGAAGAAUGUGAAAAUAAUUGGGGACACUAUGCUCUGGCUGUGCCCCUCUAUACUCACUUCACUUCUCCAUUGCGGCGUUACCCUGACAUUGUAGUUCAUAGGACGAUGGCCGCAGCAGUUGAAGCUGAAGCAAUUUACUUGAAGAAGAGAAACAACUUCAAUGUGGACAAGACAAGAAGAUGCUUGACUGGUAUAUAUUUUGACAGGGAUGCUGUAGAAUCUCAUGAAGCUCAGAAAGCAUUAUCAUUUGCUGCAGCGGAGCAUAAUUUACCAUGCACAGAAAUGCUGACAGGUGUUGCUGCUCAUUGCAAUGAAAGAAAACUGGCUGGCAGGCAUGUCAAUGAUGCUAUAGUUAAACUUUACACGUGGCUCUUACUCAGGAGGGAGAAGGUGUUAUUUUCAAAAGCUCGUGUAGUUGGUCUUGGUCCUAAAUUCAUGUCAAUUUACAUUCAGAAGCUAGCUAUUGAGCGGCGUAUUUAUUACGAUGAAGUUGAAGGAUUGACUGCAGAAUGGCUUGAUGCUACGUGUACAUUGGUGCUUAGUUUGAGCACAAGUAAACGUUUUCAAAGAAGGGGAAGUCCAGCCUAUUGCAGGCCACUUGAGGAGGCUGUGUUAAUCGUUAGUCCACAUAAGCUGAUGCCAGCAGUGGAUUCCUCUGGUGAGAACUGUAAUGAAGUGGGUAUUCCACAGAUUGAAGAUAGGGAUGGUUCAACUAGUGUUUCACAUGUUCAAGAUGUAGAAACAGCUGCUUUUCCUCUCACACUUCGCAUCUUAUCAACAAUUUCUGUUGCUCUUCAUGCUGUUGGUGGGGAUGAUGGUCCUCAUGAUGUAGGAGCAAGGUUGUAUGUCAGCUCCUAUUGCAGAUAAGGAUCUUUCUGGUCUAAUACUUGGUAGAGCAAGUGGUUGCUGAAGAUGACAUGAUUAACAGUAAUUUCUAGUUGUCGGAUUAGGGUAGUGUAUAGUUAUCUAUAAAAAGAGAGCCUGAAGUAGAGCAUGGUGGACAUGCUUAUUGCUAAAAGGAAAAGGCCUCGACAGGACUAUUGGCAUGGUGGGGGUCCUUUUUUUACUCAAACCCCCGGUUCUAAGCUAUUAAAUAUAAGUUGCCGGAGCAGGCCCUAGUUAUCUUUUCAUGGGCCAUUCCUGGUAACACAACCAACAAGCCUACAUAUCGUUUUUUCCUCUUCGUUAGAAUGUUCUACCUCAAUGAGUUGUACCAAUAUUUUUAACUUUGGAUUUUCUGAAUUAGCCGGUGUAAGGAUUACUGUUUGAAAACGUCUUCUGCUGGGAACGUUAAGACUCCUCAAUAAGCAUGUCAGUUUGACUUGAAGUUUCA